UAGAAAAAAGACGGAAAAGGAAGCGCAUUUAUAGCCAAGCGGGCAAAUGUACGGAUAUGUCUCCCAAGGAGGUCCGUAAGGGCAUGGAGAGUGCCACAGAAAACCACCACAGGACCCCCGGUUUGAGGGGCGCUCAGACCACCACGCUAUUCCGUGUCGUCAACCCAGAACUCUUCAUAAAGCCCAAUAAACCAGUGAUGGCCUUUGGACUGGUAACCAUCAGCUUGUGUGUUGCAUAUCUGGGCUAUUUGCAUGCAAUGAAGGAUGACCAGCAGCUUUAUGAGGCCAUCGACAGUGAUGGAGAGAGACUGAUGAAGAGGAAGACUUCCAAGUGGGAGUGACGGCAGAAGAUGUGUGUGGUUGUGUGACAACUGUGUGACUUCCAACCAGACCGGACUGAUAAGAGAGGAGGACACACACCGGUUUACUUUUACUGAUCAUCGGAAACAACUUGCAUUUGCACACACCCAAAAUGCAUGGAAGUCAACUACAGUCACCCCUAGCCACUUCAUUUCGCUGCUUCACUCUGUCACGGUUUUUCAAAAUAUACUAAUUCGUAAAUCAAGCUGUUCUGUGCUUGAGUAUGGCCUGUUAUUAGUCAUAAGCUAUGCAUACUUGACAUUUUUUUGUCUAAAUUAAGCAUUAUCAAGCAUGAAAAUGGCUAAAUCACGGGUGUCUAAAGUGCAGCCCAAGGGCCAUUUGCAACCUGUGGCACAUUCUAAAAAUAUAAUUUAACAAGACAACUAAAAAAAAAACAUGAAAAAUGGAAAAAUAAGCAUUUACCUAAUUUUACAAGAAUAGUCAGAAUAUUAAGAGAAAGCACUUAACAGAAAAAUGUUAAAAGAAUAACCAUGUGAGGAAAAAUACUGUAAAUUUAGUAGCAUAAUAGUGAAAUGUAAAUAAAGACAAUUGGGUAUUUUUAUCGUAAUACAAGAAAGAAACAAAAUACCGAAUAAAGUCAAAAUAUUUUGGGAAUAAAGUCAUAAUUAUGAUCAAGUUUACAACUAAAAAGGCACAAUAAUUGAAAUAAAAAACAUGACAAAUUAAAAAAAUUUAAUUUUACGAGACUAAAGUAAAAAUCUUAAAAGAAAAAAUUUUAUGACAACUCGUAAUAUAAGAAAAAAUAAUAAUUUCAGUAGCAUAGAGUUGAAAAAAUACAUUAUUUUUAAAACUCGCAACACGAAAAACAAAAUGAGCUUGUAAUAUUUGAUAAAUUAGGUUGGGGAAAAACUAUAAUAAUACUUUAAUAUUUAUCUUAAACAUUAUGGGAAGAAAGUCAUUAUAUUCCGAAAAGGAAGUAAAAAAAAAAAUAAUUAGGAACUUUCUCAAUGCUAACGUGUGAGUCUAUGUUAUGUCUUAUUUCUGUCUUAUAUGACUUAAUGUCACUUAUUAUGUCUACUGUAUUGGAUGAUAGGAGUGUAAAUGUGACUAUAGGGGUGUUAUUUCAUGUCUAGAGGGCUCUAAUAAUGUUAAAAAAAAAAACAGGUUCUCUAUG